AAGAAGAAGAACGAGAAGGAAGACAAGCGGCCGCGCACGGCGUUCACCGCCGAGCCGCUCCAGAGACUCAAAGCGGAGUUCCAGGCCAACCGCUACAUCACCGAGCAGCGGCGGCAGACGCUAGCCCCGGAGCUGAGCCUCAACGAGUCGCAGAUCAAGAUCUGGUUCCAGAACAAGCGGGCCAAGAUCAAGAAAGCCACCGGCAUCAAGAACGGCCUCGCCCUUCACCUCAUGGCCCAAGGACUGUACAAUCAUUCCACCACCACCGUGCAAGACAAAGAGGACAGCGAGUGA